CAGCGAGAGUUCGACUGAAGUCUCGCCCUUCGCCAGGCAGUUUUGAGGACACAGACAGGGGUUGUAUUUUGAGAACAGUAUUUCCAUGAAAAAUGGGGAACAUGAUGUAUGCAUACGUUUCGCAUCCAGACACAGCCCCUAACAUCAGCAAACCUCCAUCAUUUGAUCCCCUUAUUGGAUUUGAAAACGGGCGGAAAGAAAGAACUGUCAAGGCAACAAGGGAGGAGUUAGAUCAGGCAAGGAUACCUCUAGAGAAACGGGACUACUGUGUAGAUGACUUCAUGGCUUUCAUGAAGUGCAGAGAUGGCAACUUCCCAUUUGUUCUAUCAAAGUGUUCUCAUGAGAAGCAUGUGUAUGAGGAGUGUGAAUACCAGGAUUUUGUCUUGAGGAUGAAGGAAUAUGAGAGAGAAAAGAGAUUGUUGGAAAGACAGAAGAGGAUACAACAGAAAGAUGCAGCAGAGGAACUAGGAGAUUGAUGCUCAGGGAGGGCAUCUAUUUUAUGAACUGUACAUACAGGAUAUAUCCAAGUGUAUACAUGAGACUGUGUGUAGAUUGUCAGAUCCAGGCACUCUGUGUUACAUGUGGACAUGAUGCAGAGAAACUGGAUAGCAUUUUUGAUUUCAUUCAGUGCUGUUAAAUAUAUUAUUUUGAACUUA